GAGGCGGCUAUGGUCGUUUUAAAAGAAGCGCAAAGUGAUAACUAAAAUGAGCGGCAAAUAUCAAAGGAGAAGAAAAAAGGACCCGCAGCAAAGACAAAGAAGAAGAAGAAGAAAAUGACACAUAUCAUAUCCUUCUUCUAUUCAUCCAAUAUUCUGAAACACUCAUUCACUCUCUUCUAUUUCUUCUUCUUCUUUUCCUCCUAAUAAUUAUAAUAGUAUCAUUAAUUAAUUAGUACUAGAAUUAUGAGAUGAGAGUGAUAGUGCCUUUGCAAGGAGUUGUUCAAGGAACAGGUGGUCUUAUUUGGGGUUCAGUUAUUCCUUGUGCUCUCUUCUAUUUUCUUCAGCUUUAUUUUAAGACACGUCACCGUAAUCGCCAAUCUCCUCCUUCCAACAACCUUCCGCUUCCAGAGCUCUCCGUCUUGCCACGCUCUCUCUCCCAGCGGGUCAGAGGUUCAACCGCAUCCGCUUGUAUAUCGGGUCGGGUCAAUUCCAUAGUUGCAGAAUCUCCUUAUUACGUAGGUUUAAACAAGGUCGCAGAUAACCCUUACCAUCAGAUUCAUAAUCCCGAUGGUGUUAUUCAGCUUGGUUUGCACCAAAACACUCUAUCUGUGGAUUUGAUUCAAGAAUGGAUUCGUCACUGUGGAAGCGCUGCUAUAUUGGGGACACCAGCAAAUUGUGGAUGCCUCAAUAUUACUGACCUUGCUCCUUACCAUGGAUUCAUGGACUUCAAAGUGGCUGUGGCUGGUUUCAUUUCUCAAGUUUUGGAAAAGCCGGUUUUCUUCAACCCCUCCCACAUGGUACUUACUACAGGUGCCAUCCCUGCCAUUGAAAUUCUAAGCUUCUGCCUAGCAGAUAAUGGAAAUGCAUUCCUUGUUCCCACACCUCAUUGUCCUGGCUUUGACGAGGAUGUAAAAUUGCGAACAGGCGUGGAUAUAGUGUCUGUUCCUUGUCGCAGCGCUGAUGACUUCAAUCUAAGCAUAACUGCGCUUGACCAAGCCUUCAACCAAGCAAAGAAACGUAGUCAGAAAGUUCGUGGAGUUAUAAUAUCGAACCCUUCAAACCCUGCUGGCAAACUGUUAAAUCGGGAAACACUACUUGAUCUUCUGGACUUUGCUAGAGAGAAAAACAUUCACAUAAUCUCUAAUGAAAUAUUUGCAGGCUCUACUUUUGGAAACACAGAAUUUGUGAGCAUGGCAGAAAUCAUGGAAGCAGAAGAUCGUGAUCGGGACAGAGUUCAUAUAGUGUUUGAUCUAGCAAAUGAGCUCUCUGUUCCAAGUUUUGAAGCGGGUGUCAUCUACUCCUAUAAUGAGCAUGUUGUGGCUGCUUCCAAAAAAUUGGCAAAAUUCUCAACUGUUUCUGCUCCAACUCAGCAACUGCUUAUCUCCAUGAUUUCAGAUACAACGUUUAUACAAGAGCUCAUAAAGACAAACAAAUUAAGGCUGCAGAAAAUGUACAAUACAUUUGUGGCAGGAUUAGAUCAGUUGGGAAUUGAGUGUGCCAGAAGCAGUGGUGGUUAUUGCUGCUGGGCGGACUUAAGCAGAUUAAUCCGUUCUUACAGUGAAAAGGGGGAACUAGAGCUCUGGGAUAGAUUGCUGAAUGUAGCUAAGAUCAAUGUUACCCCGGGAUCCUCUUGUCACUGUAUUGAACCUGGAUGGUUCCGUUUUUGUUUUACUACAUUGACUGAAAAGGAUAUUCCUGUAGUAAUGGAACGGAUUGGGAGAAUUUCUGAGACCACAAGUUGAUGUGGUGUCAAUUAUUUCUACAAGUUUAGUUUGUUUAUUGAUUCUUUAUUCUUGUGGUGAAACCAGCAUCAUCUCAGAAGGAAUAAUCACUCCUCAAAGGAAUAUUUAUUUGUUUGUGUAAUAUAUUGCUCAAGAGGACGGGCAUUGGCCAAGUUGAAAGACAAGUGUGCAUAAAUCCGAGUCCAUGAGCUGAUGCAAGUUUGUUUGCUAAAAAAAAUGUGUCCUUUGUAACCUUAAACGAAUGAAGACAAUAUUUGGGGAAGAAAAAAGCAAAGAGGAUACAAAUACUAUGCAGUUUUUGUUUUUCCCUUAAAAACAAUUGAAACAAUGGAAUAAACAAAUGCAUUUUAUUGUAA